AUGAUCUCUCCCAUUUCCCUCAAGGCUGUCGGUGGUGCCGCUGCCGUGUACUUGCUCGGUCAGCAGGUUCAGUGCCCGUUCAUUGCCAUUCCUCUCAUCGGCGAUGCCAUUGCCAUGACCGUCGCCCAAGUUGGCUCGGCUGCAGCUAGCUUCGGUGGGGCCAUUGUCGGCGCCCACUUCGCCAAAGCUAGAAGUCUCGAGGGUCGUGACACCAAGAUUACCGCUCCCCCUGGCGUGCCUCAGUACAACUUCGACAUGUGCGCUGAGAGCUUGUCCGACCCCUCUGUCACUGUUACCGUUAACGGUCCUGUUGAGAACAAUGGUGUCCAAAUUGACGGCCUGCCUUCUACCUGCAUGGUUCUUUCUACCGUUUUUGACGGUGAUGCUGCCGGUGGUCCCGUUCCCACUCCCUGUGGAUCUGCUUGCCUUCUGUACAACAACUUGAACGAAGACCAGUAUGGCCAAAUGCAGGCCAUCUUCGAGAAGCUGAAGAACCUUUAG